AAACAAAACUGCGAUAAAAACACUUCCAUGUGAAUUGUGAACAACGUAGUGUUGAGACGGAUUUAGUAACAGAGAAUUCUUGCCCAUUCCAUUGGAAAACGUUUUAAAUUGUAUGUAAUAGUUGUAAUUUGGUCUUCAAAAAUACAUAAUUACUCACCGACCAAACUCCCAGCGGCGCUAUCUUUGGAUUUUCCAAAAAUAUCGUAACCGAUCCGGAAGAAGUGAAUCCAGAUAGGAGCCAAAAACUUUCGCUCCCGUCGGGAUCGUAUUUUGCCUUGGUGUGCGUGCGGAGGAAAAUCCAUUUUCCGCGAGAGAGAAAACUCUAACCCAAAUUUUCUCGAGAUUAUGCAUGAUCAGUCGAGAUCGGACUGCGGACCCGUACGGAACAGAAACGGAAAACUCUGAAACUCUCGCGCGGAAUUAAAAGUACCAUAUAAGGAAACUGUUAGAGCAAGAAGAUGGCCGACCAAAUAAGUGAUCCCAUCCGGAAGUGCUCGAUCAUACUGAAGAACGCCAAGAGUGACACGGAGAAGUUCGCUGCCUUAUUCAUGGUGACGAAGCUGAUCAAGGGCAAGGACUGCAACGAAGCCGGGAAGCGACUGCUGUUCGAUUCGAUUGGGUUGGAUUUUGUGCGGAGGUUGCUCACCAGCAAGGACGUUCCAGAUGCUUCGGCGUAUCAAAGUGUGGCGCUUUCGAUUCUGAGCUGCUUCUGCGAGGACGAACAGUUGGCCACCCACAAGGACAUGCUGGACAGCAUUCCGGUGUUCUUGGGAAUUGUUUCGACUUGUGACGACGACGAGUACGACGAUAAUUUGAUCGUUAUUAACGAAGCGUACCAUUGUCUGCAGAGCAUUGCAGCUCACGAGAAGGGUCGGCUGGCGCUGAACGAGCAGGGCAUGAUUAAAAAGAUGGCCGAAGUCUACACGCAGCAGAGUUUCCAGAUUGACGAGGCACUGACUCUGAUUGUGACGCUAGUUAGCCACUUUGGUCCGUCUUCAUGGGAAGAGGAUCCCAAGCUGUUCCACGCGUUGAUGCAGCGCGUGUCAUUGGACUUUGAAACUGAUCAUGCCGAGAGAAAGUUUGAACUCGCGGACAUGAUCUCCGUGCUGUUGUUCACGUGUCGGAAGGAGCAGAUUUCGAGGACGGCUGAAGGGGAGAUUUGGCCGGAGUGCUUGUACAAAGGUGUCAGUGAUAUAUUGAAGAGCAAGAUCGGUAAGGCUCAGCGGGAUCCAACGCUUAAGCUCACGGCUAAUAUUCUUGAGGUCUUGGGAAUUGAGUGGACUUUGCAUGAUUCGGAAAAUCCGAAAAAAUUCUUCCUACUGUUGUUGCAGUUGGCUGCUAUCGAAGUUCGCAUGCAAAUGGACAACAAAAGUUUCAAUCAGGUCUAUGCCCAGGCUGACCUUAUUACAGCGUGUUUCAUCAUUCUGGAACUGUCCAUGAACUACAUGUCUACAGAUCAGUUGGAUCUCGAUCAGAAGGACAAGCAGCAGGUGUACACCGGAUUAAAAGGUGCUUUCACUGCAGUUAUAUCCGUUUUUACCAAACUUUCGAACGAUACCAAGAAGGACAAGUUGCAGCCGAAGGAGAAGGCCUUUGCCUGUGCAAUGGUUCGUGUGUUGAGCGCCUGGCUGUCCCAGGAAACGUCUGCCCUCAAGGGACAGGUCUUCAAAUUGCUACCCUUUAUCUUCAAGCUGGCGAAUGAAUCUUUCUACGCGUCGCGUGAUCACCGGGUCAAAGCCAAGACCGAACCAACAGCCGAACAGGCUCCGGCCGAUGUUCUCCGUGUAACUCUGCCGGCUAUGUGCCAUCUCGUCGUCGAGGAAGAAUCCCGCAAGGUGUUUCUCAAAGAAAAAGAAGAGCAAGUUCUGUACGAUUGCCUGCUCUUCCAUUGGACCAUUGCUCACUACAAGAAGCCUCCGAUCCCUCGUGCCGAACGUCUGAAGCGCAUGAACGAACCCGACCCGGAAAUGACUCCCCUCCAGCUGGAGGAUAUGAAAGACUCCCGAACCGCAAUCGUGUCGUUGUGUAACAUUUUUAUGAACAUCACCGUCUUGGAACCGAAACUCGUCGAUGAAAGUGUAGUAUUUUCGCAGAUGCUGCGCUUCAUCUUUGAAAAUCUCCCGGAGUUAAAGGACACCCCGGAUAAUCUGGUCAUGCACGGUCAUCUUGCGGUGCUGGGUCUGCUUCUGCUCAAGCAGCAAGCUUCCAAGAUCAAGAAGAACGACUUCUCCAUUUGCCGAUAUAUCCAGACCACAAUCCGCUUCCUCUGGGAUGCUUACAACAUCGACGAAUCGAAUGACCCGCAAGAGCUGGUCGUCUCCCUCGCCUACAAGGAAUACUGGUUCGAAAUCAUGGAGCUGUGGUUCCUCGGCAUGCAAACCAUGAGCGGCAUCAUUAAGCUGAUUCCAUGGAUCUCCGAGUUCUGCAUCGAAUCGGGCUGGGCCGAGGGUAUCAUCGAAACGCUGCGGAAGGUGAAAAUUGGAACGCUGCCCCCGAACGUGAAGCUGGCUUAUGAGGACUUUUUGUCGCAGCUGGUGGACGCAAACCAGUCGGUGGCGGCAGUGCUCAAGAAGGCCGAUGCCCUCAAGGUGUGCCGGAACCACCGGAUGAUGGAACUUGGCAAGAAGCUGUUUGGCGAUUAAGCGACCAUAGGUGGCGCCUUUGGUGAUUUUCCUUGAGUAGAGUCUGCGUACUGUUGCGCGAAUAACUGCUGUGUGGUGAUUAAUGCGCAAAUGAUUUUUGUAUGUGUUUUCUUAUUUCUGCUACACCAACUUAACCAAAAAAUGAGGUAUCUAUGCAAUAAAAAGUAAUUAGAGCCGUUA